AUGGAACCCAAGAAGCCCGUACCCUACUUCGUCUUCCUGAACUUCGACCCCGAGUAUGAGCGUCUACGACGGGAUCGGUUCGUCAAUUCUUGUUCUUCUCCCCCACACAGACGUUCUCUUCCCUUCCCAUCUAACCAAGACGACGUCCCUCUCUCUUCUCUGCAAUGCUGACAGCUCAACUCAACAAGAACUCGAGGCGUAUAUCACCAAGAAGCACGACAAGUUGCUCUCUGGAGCCCUGAAACUCAACACCUACAGGAAGCGGUUCUCCAUGGCCAUAGUCGACGGCUUCGCCGUGGAAAUGACCGACAAACAGGUGGUGAUCCAGGACACACCUUCCCAUCUCUCUGCGUUGACUUUUGCAGUUUCUGACGAGCCAAGGAUGGGUCCGCUCCAGGCGGAGCUGCUGAGAUCUGCGGGGGAAGUGAGAGUCGUGGAGAAGAACCUCGAACUGGACUGA